UAUUAAUUAUUAUUAUUAUUACCUGAAUCGAAACCUUUUGGGAAGCCUUGUAUGACUAAGCUUAUUCUCCCUGACCCACCCCGGACUAGGAAUAUGUGAAAAUAAUGGAAGCUUUUAAUUGAGGUGGUUUCUUUUUAAUCCGGUCAGUGAGCAAAAGUCCCCGUUUUCGAACUUGUUUGACAUUUUCUUAUUAUAUUUUUAAAAUUCUUAGAUACCACAUAAAUCAACCAACCGGCUGCCUUGCUUUCAUCUUCCGGCGAGGGGGGAGGCUGAGGGGUCCUGGCGGGAGAGUCAAUGGGGAGGGGGCAAUGGGGAGUUUCCUGGGUGCUGGUUCAUAACGCCUUCAGUCUAGACACCCUAACUUUGCAGAGGUGCCUCUUUUGCUUACAGAUGCCAGCGGGGCUGUGCUCUGGGUGUCUACAAUCACCUUGAUUUAUUUAUCUAUACAACAACACACACACACACACACAGCCAAUUCCUCUCUAGCCGUCCCCCCGCCUCCAGCUUUUUGGCACAGCGGACGAUAACCGCUGUUUCCAAGUUGCCAUCCAUCUGCCGGGCUCCGGCGGCGGCUGAGAUACGGCGGCUGGGGGGUGUUGUUUGUAACUUUGCUGGUUCGGUGGCGGCGGGUCCCAGGGGAGAAGGGCCCUCCGCCGCUCUCUCAUUGGUCGCCGAGCCAUCAGCUGGUGCUAUUUGCUGCUGUCGCUUUUGGCGCUCGGCCAUCCAGAAACAAACCACUUCGAUGACUACUAAUAGUUAUAGCCAGAUGUACUAAUACACAACAAAUCACGGUCCGGGAUCUGGGGAGCGUCAAUGAGUUCCUAUUUUGUGAAUCCCACUUUCCCGGGGAGCCUGCCUAAUGGGCAGGAGUCGUUCCUCGGGCAGAUCCCCAUCUACCCAGCUGGGUACGAGGCUCUGAGGCACUUCCCAGCCUCUUAUGGGGCCGGCAGCCUGCAGGACAAGAGCUACUCCUCACCUUGCUUCUAUCAACAGUCCACCAACACGGUCAUCGCCUGCAACCGGGCAUCCUAUGACUAUGGAGCCUCCUGCUUCUAUCCAGACAAGGACUUGGGCGGCGCCUCCUCGCCCUCCGGCAGUGGCAAGCAAAGGGCCGGCCACCCUGGGGACUAUCUGCCCUGCUUUGCUUCUGACCAGCAGUACAAGCCCGAGAGCGGGCCGGCCAAAAUCCUAAACGAGGAAGGAAGCGACCGGAAGUACAGCAGCCCUGUUUAUCCUUGGAUGCAAAGGAUGAACUCGUGCGCUGGUGCAGUAUACGGAACGCACGGCAGACGGGGCAGGCAGACCUACACCAGAUACCAGACCUUAGAGUUAGAGAAGGAAUUUCACUAUAACAGAUAUUUAACCAGGAGGCGACGGAUUGAGAUAGCGAACGCUCUCUGCCUCACUGAGCGGCAGAUUAAAAUCUGGUUUCAAAACAGGAGGAUGAAAUGGAAAAAAGAAAGCAAACUCAUCAAUUCCACCCAGCCGGGAGAAGAAACAGAGGAAAAGUCAGGGGAGUAAAGCAAUGCUUACAACGAGGCGGGGGGGGGGGUGUGGAGUUGCCACCAUAUCCUCUCAUUAGUUGCUCUUUACAUCGCCCCUUUCCCCUCCCCUCUUAUGUUCCUCCAGGAAUAUAUAUAUAUAUAUAGAUAUAAUUCGUAUUGUAAUGGUUCUGACGACUUUCAAAGGCUUGAUUAAAAUAUAUACCUAUUUAUAGAUAUCUAUA